CAAUUUCAAAAAAAUUGAAAAAAACUGUUCACGCAAAGAUCAGGAUUCAGCACUGUGAGACACGAGGAGCUUGGCUUCGCUCACGAUUCGCUGAUGCCCGUACAUCUAGACCUCGUCCCGGACUUGGAGGUGACGCCGUUAACUUGUUCACGGAGAGGAGCUUCUCUCUCUCUCUCUCCAUCCAUAUCGGAGCCUCUCGUUUGUAGGAGUGGGUCUGGUAAAACCACCGCCGUUUAAGGCACAACCCGCCUAUUUUUUUUGUCCUCUUUCAAAGCCAACCAACCCUCUCUUCCUCGUCCAUCCUCACCCUCUCUCCCUUUCCCUCUCUCGCUCUCGCGCGCUCUCUCUCUCCGAGCGGGCGAGCGAGGGUCAGGAAACUCGCCGGAGAAUUGCUUCUCGUUUGCCGGAAUAUGCAUUAAUUCCAUCACAAAGCUUUGACACUCCAGAAUAGAUGCAACGGAACCAUAGCGAGGGAGCUCCUGUUAUUAUUUUUUUGGUUGAGAAAUAAUAUUAUAAUUCUCGGUCUUUCUUACAAACUCCCUUUCUUUCUAGCUCUUAACUUGCAAUGAAGGGAAAAGGAGGGAGGGUAUCAUAGUUUUGGAGGUUCUUACACGGCACAGAUGCCGAGAUCCCUUCCUCAAUCCCCUUGCCUUAUGCCGUAAUCUAUUCGAUUUUUCUCUCUGUCCUCUUCUGCCCAUCUGGUUUAUAUGCUAUCAUCUCUCUGUUCUUUCAUCAUCAAAAUCGGAAAAAAACAUUACAGAGAAGAGUCAGAGAGAGAAAAAGAAGGGUUGGAGGUGAAGAUGAAUGUUUAAAUGACUUUCUCGUGUUUGGUAUGGAAGCCUAGGGCUUGAAUUUCCUGUCAAGGGGCGGGCAUACGGCUUGGAAGUAGCUUACGGAUAUGGAAUAUUAAAUUUUAGUUUGUAGAUACAGAUAUGGAGGCCUAGGGCUUGAAUUUCCUGUCAAGGAGCGGGCAUACGGCUUGGAAAGUAGCAUACAGAUACGGAAUAUUAAGUUUUAGUUCCUAUAUUUGGUUCGUUUCGUUUCUGAAUUUCACCAUGCCUUCUGAAAUAAUGAACCAAAGGGGGUUUCCUCCAUCCUCCUACUUCUGUGAGGAAAUCCGUUUUCCCGCUGAGAGGAAAGUUGGUUUCUGGAAGCCUGAAAACAUGCCCGAUCACCCUGAAGUAGGAAGAGGUGGAGUAUCACAAAUGUCUUGCAGCAAACCAGUUGAUCCAUCCCUGGCUUCAUGGAGAUCUCUGGAUUAUGAUGCUGGAGCAAGGUCCAAGUUAUUUUUGCAGCCAACUUCUUAUUUUGCAGAAGGUGGGAGAACUGAUAUGAAUGGAGGUCAAUAUGAGAAUGGUCUAUUCUCGAGUUCCUUCUCAGAAAUAUUUAAUAGGAAAUUGAGACUAGCAUCCAAUGAUGUUCUAUUUGGAAAGUCUGCUAAUAAUACUGUUGCCUCCCAAUAUGAGGAAGAGGAGCCAUUUAAGUCCCUCGAAGAAAUUGAGGCACAAACAAUUGGGGACCUCCUUCCUGAUGACGAUGAUUUGCUUUCCGGUGUCUUCGAUGAGAUAGAGUAUAUUGCCCAACCAAAUAGUGGGGAUGAUGUAGAAGAUUUUGAUCUCUUUAGCAGUGUUGGAGGGCUGGAACUAGAAGGAGAUGGUGGUGCCUGUGCAGCCGAAAUAUAUUCUGAUAUCUCUGGGGGAGCUUCCAAUAAUCAGCAGGGGGGGUCCAAUGGCUCUGUUGCUGGGGAGCACCCUUAUGGAGAACACCCCUCUAGAACACUUUUUGUCAGAAAUAUAAAUAGCAAUGUUGAAGACUCAGAGUUGAGGGUUCUUUUUGAGCAAUAUGGCGACAUCCGUACUCUUUAUACAGCAUGCAAGCACCGUGGUUUUGUUAUGAUCUCUUAUUAUGAUAUAAGAGCAGCACGAAAUGCAAUGAAAGCACUCCAAAACAAGCCAUUGAGGCGUAGGAAACUUGACAUACACUAUUCGAUUCCAAAGGACAAUCCUUCGGAGAAAGAUAUUAAUCAGGGAACACUGGUGGUGUUCAACCUAGAUUCUUCUGUUUCCAAUGAUGACCUACGCCAGAUUUUUGGUGUUUAUGGAGAAAUUAAGGAGAUCCGUGAAACUCCACACAAACAUAAUCACAAAUUCAUAGAGUUUUAUGAUGUUAGGGCUGCUGAGGCUGCUCUUCGUGCUCUGAACAGGAGUGAUAUUGCGGGGAAGCGGAUCAAGCUUGAACCAAGUCGUCCAGGCGGUGCAAGACGGUGUCUGAUGCAACAGUUUUCUCCAGAGCUGGAGCAAGAAGAUUCCAUUUCAUCUCAACAACAGAGUAGCCCUCCUAGUGGUUCACCAUCAGGAUGCUUUGGUUCAAUUUCUAAUGGGUCAGUCACAUCUAGUUGCAUGGAGAAUGGAGCUGUCCAGGGUCUACACUCCACAAUCCGAGCACCUGUUAGUCCAUUCAUGGAAAAUGCCUUUCAUCAUGAUAUUUCUUCUUCUGUCCCCAAUAGCAUACGCUCUCCAGUUAGAGUUGCAUCUGUUGGCAACCUAUCUGGGUUUGGUGAGCCUAGCCACUCGCUGGGCCAAAUGAAGUUUGGUUUUCAGUCUAUGCCAACUUUCCAUCCUCAUUCAUUGCCAGAAUAUCACGAUGGUUUAGUCAAUGGUGUUCCUUACAAUUCUCCAGGCACCAUGGCACCUAUAGCAGCAAAUAUCAGCUCUAGACCAUCAGAAGGAAUUGAGAACAGGCAGAUCUGCAGAGUAGGCUCAAAUGGGCUUUCAGUUGAUAUUAAUGAUGGUGUUUUUGGUUCUUCUGGAAAUGGGAGCUACCCUCUUCGUGGACAUCAUCAUAUGUGGAAUUGCUCCAACUCAUAUCAGCCUCAUCCUCCAACAAAUAUGAUGUGGCCAAACUCUCCAUCAUUCGUCAAUGGCAUGCAUAAUAAUCCCCCUGUGCAACUGCAUGGACUUCCUAGAGCACCAUCUCAUAUGCUGAAUACAGUUCUACCAAUACAUCACCAUGUUGGAUCAGCACCAGCUGUUAAUCCAUCUCUCUGGGAUAGGCCUCAUGCCUAUUCUGGGGAUUCUCCUGAGGCAUCUGGUUUCCACCCAGGUUCUCUUGGGAAUAUGGGAUUUUCAGGAAACUCUACAUUGCAUCCUUUAGAACUUGCUUGUCAUAACAUUUUUCCUGUUGGUGGUAACUGUAUGGAUCCAUCAAUUCCCUCUACAAAUGUUGGAUUGCACUCCCCUCAACAAAGGUGCCACAUGUUCCCUGGAAGAAACCUGAUGGUUCCUAUGUCAAGCUCAUACGAUGCACCUAAUGAGCGGAUGAGAAGCCGUAGGAGUGAUGUUGGUUCUAAUCAGGCUGACAACAAGAAGCAGUAUGAACUUGAUAUUGACCGCAUACUGCGUGGAGAGGAUACACGAACAACAGUUAUGAUAAAGAAUAUUCCUAACAAGUAUACUUCAAAGAUGCUUUUGGCUGCGAUUGAUGAGCACCAUCGAGGAACUUACGAUUUCCUUUAUUUGCCAAUUGACUUCAAGAACAAAUGCAACGUUGGGUAUGCCUUCAUUAAUAUGAUUGAACCUCUCCAUAUUGUUCCAUUCUUUCAGGCAUUUAAUGGUAAGAAAUGGGAAAAGUUCAACAGUGAAAAGGUUGCAUCACUUGCAUAUGCCCGUAUUCAGGGAAAAGCUGCUUUGAUUGCCCAUUUCCAGAAUUCAAGCUUGAUGAAUGAGGAUAAACGGUGCCGCCCUAUUCUAUUUCAUUCUGAUGGCCCAAAUGCAGGUGAUCAGGAGCCCUUCCCAAUGGGGGUCAAUGUUCGAUCAAGGCCUGGCAAACCACGAACCACUGGCAAUGACAAUCAAGGAAGCCAAUCAGUGUCUGCAAAUGCGGAGGAAUCUGGGAAUGGAACGGACACUUCAUCAGUUUCUGCAAAGGACUCGGAUUGAUGAAGCUGAAAUUUCUCGAGCACCAACUAUAGGACCCUAAGCAAUCUAUACAAAUGAGUCCUCUAAUUUCUACCAGCUUUCAGGGUGACUGAUGGAUUCUCUUGGGGUGCUUUCGAAAAGCUUUUUUUUUUUUUUCCUCUAAAUUUUGGGAACGUGAAAUUUUUAGACUAGUGAGGUCAUUUCCAUUUUUCCAUGGGACCUCAAAGUUGUGUAACAUUGAGCUCGACAACGAGAAAAGCAGAACAGGUGACAUUCGAGAUUUUGAAUCGCCGCAAGUAACAAAAAGUGUACAGGAAUUUCUAAACGAGGGAGGUUGAUGUUUCGUGAACUCGAGGAGGAUUCUCUGUGUCUUAACGUUUUUUCUUUGUUCCCUUAGAAGUGUUUUUUUAAAAGUUCUACGUUGUCCUUUUGGAUCCCUAGCGGGUUCCUGUUUUGGAUUGGGCAAAGGUGUGUGUGUGUGAGAGAGAGAGAGAGAGAGGGCGAGAGGGAGAGCGAGAGUGAUAUGAUCCUGAAAAUUUUGGUGUAUUUUAUAUGUACUAGUCUAUUUCUGAAUGAAUUUGUAGUGUUUGAUUC